UUAAACAACGGACAUUUUUUUUUUUUUACAGCAUGCUUGCUUUCACUUUCAAUGUUUUGAUAACGUCCGUUGUUUACAGAAAAUACGGGAACAUUGCAUUUGGAAACGGAGAGAUUACCAUUUCAGGAAUAUAACUUCAAGUCACAUUGGAUAUUCGUGUGAUAUAAUGCAAGAAAUGCCGGAAUCACAGCCGUCUAAAUGUGAGGUGGAGCGGAAUCACGAAUGCAUGAUCCUACAACAAAGAAUAGAGACGGCAAGCAUUGGCAAUAAUAGAAGGAUGAAGAUGGAGAUGGACGUAUUUAACCCUUCCCACACUGCAGAGCUCCAGUUCCUCAGGUCGCGGGUUCGGGAACUGGAGAAAGAGAAAGACGAAAUGGCGGCUGAAAACCAACGGCUACAUAACAUGCUAGUGAAGGAGAUCCCUGGCCUGCUGUCCACCAUGUGGCAGACCUUGGGCCAAGCCAACCAGCCCCCCCACCCUGCAGUGUCCCCACAGGCUGUCUCUACGGCAACAGGGAGGGGCGAGAGCUACACGUACACACACCAUCACUCCGUGUCAGGACACUUUGGCCAAGGGUUCAGUUCUCCACUCCAUCAUCAGCCCAUGUCCAACCGCUCAGCUUUGACUCAGGACAACAUGAAUGGAAGCGUGUCCAACUUUGGACCCGAGAUGGCCGUCAGUGAGCACAGUGUGGACGGAGACUUGGAGCUGAGUGACAUCACAGAGGACGACGACCCCAACAGCUCUCUGUGUGGCUCAGCAUCCAACCUACCUGUGAUGAGGACAUGCUCAGAGACACACUGUGUUAAUGGGACUGGCCAUGUAAACCAGGUGGAGGUAUACCCUGGUUCCGGCGUCUUCUGUGAAAUGCGGUCCUGGCAUGCAGCCAAUCAGACGCAGUCUCCCACAGCGAUGGCGCGCACCCUGUUGCUGGGCGUGUUCGACAUGGACACCUUGCUUAACAGCAACCUGCGAGGGGGGAGGAGCCGCAGACCAACGUUCCCCAACCACCGCACCGCCCUGGACCCACACAAGCUCAACGCCAUCUAUAAUGCCACGCUGGCCCGCUUCCCAUUGGCCAGGAAGGGUCAGAUUGGCACCGGCAUCAACUCCAAGCUGUCUGAGAUCCGGUUCCGAUCCAGGAGAGCCAACCGGGACCCCAGUUAUCUAUGAAGGACUGUUCCCGCCCAAACACCAAGUUGUAUUCAAUCAACAUUUUAGUUAUCGUCUUUUUAUCACAUUAACUGUUCAACUGUAUCAGUGCAUGUGCGUGCCGAAUGUCUUGCCUAUGAAUUUUUCCACAUUGGCUUAAACAUUGUCUUCUGCUGGAGGUACUGUGGAAGAGAAUGGUAAAAGGACUCAAAAGACGGGCUGAUGAUAGAGGAAGGAUUCAAGGCCAGUGGAAAAAGGUGCAUAAGAACUGGCUUUGAUGGUUAAAUCCCCCCUCUGUCACCGCCAACCAUUAGCAAACCACACGUGAAUAGCCCCCGGGGUAUUCUCUCAGACUGAUAGAGAUGCAUAGAUCCAGGACUGCUGACCCAUGUGUGAUCAACCAGUGGAGGAACGGAGGCUUCAGUCACGUCUCACCAGACAGACGCCUCUCUGUCGUUGACCUCUACCCACUUAGACAGAGGAGGCGAGGGGGGGAUUGGAGGGGGUCUAAAUUAAAUGAUAUUUCUCCAUUGAUUUCUUUGAUCCUAGGGAUUAAGCUAACUCCAAGAGCUCCAUUACCCCAUGGUCCCCUCCUUACCUUCUUCCUCCAUCCCUCUACUUCCCCCUGAGAUGAGCAUCAUGCCUAAUGGACCCCAGGUACUCUGAGCCUCCAGGAGGAUGACAGCAUGAAUUAAUUAAUCUUAAAGGAUUUAAACAGUGUGUCACUCUCCCCAAGUUCACCAUGUCCACAGGGCCUACAUGAAGAGAACAGGACUGGGGAUUUGGCUUGAUGCAGAUAUUAACCGUUGGUAAUGAAGAACGGUCAAGUUGUUAUUUUAAAUCCGGGCAUGUCUGACCAUUGAAUAUUAUAUGCUAAUGCAUUAAAAGACUGCAGUUUGUCAUUGUCCUUCA